GAAAAAAAGUUAGCUGUAGUGGAGGUUAAAUCACGGAAAAGAUAUGCGCCGUCCGUCAAUCCGGUGAGGAGGAUCUGGAAGAAGGAAAGAGAGCCGAGAGUUUCAGUCCGCUUCUUGUUCGCUGCGCCUAUAAGAGAUAUGGAGUCAGCCAUUAAGACCAUAGUGACAACGUUUCUUAGUUCUGCCAGAGGGAAAGAGGGCCUCGACAGUAAAACCUUCCAGAAAAUGGUCAAGAGCCAGCUGAGUGGCGUCAUGGAGGACACAAACAGUUCUUCUGCUAUCAAGGAGAUGCAGCAGGGCCUGGAUUCCGACAGCGACGGAAAAGUCGACUUCCAGGAAUAUCUCUCUCUGAUUGGCUACAUUGCCAACAGUAUGAGUCAGAGCAAGAGUGAACCAACAGCAAACUCGUCAUAGGAGCAGAGGUCUUCACAAGAUCUUCAAACUAAAGCACACCCUCUUCUUUCUAAAAUCAAAACAUUCCAGCCGUUGCGUUUACUUUUUUCUUUAUCAGAAGUCAACAGUCAUUUUACUGAAUUGCAAUGUUUCUUAAAAAAAGUUAAUCUUCACACUUUUAUACAUUAAAGUUCUCUCAGUUGGUCCUUUUGUAUAACCGUUUAAAGAAAACAUGAGUAAAAAAUAAAUGCUUUGUAUUAAAACUGGA